GAUGCCAUCAGUAGUUAAUGAGAGAGUUGUUCAGCUAUACCCUUUGUCAAACUACACAUUUGGAACAAAGGAGCCCCAGUAUGAAAAGGAUGCAUCUGUAGCUGCAAGGUUUCAGCGUAUGAGAGAUGAAUACGGAUCAAUUGGAAUGCGUAAGACUGUUGAGGGUGUGCUGCUAGUCCAUGAACACAAUCUGCCUCAUGUCCUUCUCUUGCAGCUGGGGACAUCAUUUUUCAAACUCCCUGGAGCAGAAGUGCUACCAGGUGAAGAUGAAGUGGAAUGCCUAAAGAAGUGUUUAUCAGAUACCCUUGGUCGACAAGGAGACACGAUACACUGGGGAGUUGAUGAGAUGAUUUGUAAUUGGUGGAGACCUAACUACGAGCCUCCCCAAUAUCCUUACAUUCCUCCACACGUCACUAAACCCAAGGAGCACAGGCGUCUCUUCUUAGUCAGGUUACCCGAGCGAGCAAUGUUUGCUGUGCCCAGAAACUACAAGUUGGUAGCGGCGCCACUCUUCGAACUGUACGACAACUCUAACGGAUAUGGCCCCGUUAUUUCCACAUUACCUCAGAACUUGAGUCGGUUUAGCUACGUCUACGCUUGAUGUAACACUAAAGGACUGUUCGAUAAUCACAGAUAGUUUUUUAAGUUGACGAAAGAAAUUUUGAUUGAGCUCAACUGCUUUUUACAUUAUUGAAAGAGCUGUUAUAUUAUUUGUCUGGAAUAUUAUUUGUACCUACCAUUUCUGGAAUUUGCAGGCAAUCGUAUUUAGUAGGGUUCACAUAUAGUAUCAAUAUCCUACAGGGGAGGGGUUUCGAAAUUGAUAAAAAUCUUGCUGAUGUAAUGUGUAAUGAAAUAUGUAAUUGGCUCGAAGCAGUUCUAUUUUCCGUAUUAUUAACUAAAUUUAUUCUUAUUUAUCUUUUAGAGCCGGA